AUAAAAGGCUUUUAGAUAGCAGAUAAAACAGUCAUUAUUCAAAAGGCAUGCCUGUUGGACUUAAUAGAUUAAUGUUGUUCGGCAGUUCAAAUAAAUUAAUAAGUUUUGUUUACACCGGUAAGACGUUGAGAACACACUUUUCCUCCCAGUCACCGACUUGAUAUACUAACAUAUUAACCUAAAGUUGAUCCAUAUAGUGUAUAAAAAUUGAAUUAAAAAAAUAAGUUCGGCCACCUACUUAAUAAGUGCAAUGUAAUUUACAAAAUAUAAUUAGAUAAACGUUUAAUUAAAGUUAACAUAGCGAAUGCUCUUUCUAAAAAUGGAUUACGCAGUUACUUACACAGGAACAAAACCUGGAUCGAACGAAACUGUCUGUGAAGGAUAUCUUGGAUCAUCGGGAAGCACAGUUAACAUUAUGUCAGUCAGUGGUUUGAUGUACGAUCACGGAUUCAGCCCUUCAAAUCCAAAACAAGCAUGGAUGGAUAAGCUGGAGAAAACGGUGUUGAAAAGGCCGAGGAAAGUAACGGAGAGCGCUUUCUACUUAGAGAUGAGGCCGCUUCUGUUUUUACUCAGACUUUUCGGCAAGAUCUCUUACAUGAUCAAUAAAGAAGGAAAGAUGGAAGCUCGGCUGUUCUCGAUUUCCUCUCUGUCGUGUCUAGCCGUUUUCGCCGGUCAGACAUUUUUGGUCGCUCGUAACAUCGUCACUCUUGUUGAAGUGUUAAAGGAAGAGGAAAACUUCGGCCGCUUCGUUCAGGGUUUUCUCAUUUUGACGUUCAUGGCGUUCCAUUUCUUCCUUCCCUUCUCGCUCUACUUGGAAAGCGGGAAAAUAUGCCAUUUCUUCAACGAAUGGGCGGUUUUCCAGGAUCUCAUGGAGAAAACUACAGGUCAUAAAUUUUCCACUAAUUAUGACAAAUGGCUGAGAGCAUGUCUUUUCAUGUGUCCACUGGGCGUAAUCAUUAUUGUCCUUUACGAAAGGAACAUACUGUACAAUAGCGUCUGGUACCAACUUAUUUUUUAUGCAAUUUUAUUAAUGAUCUUUCAAAUUAGCCUAUACUUAUGGAUUUUUUCUCUCAUCGAGAUUGGUUACGCUGCCCAAGUUGUACAAAAAGAAUUGAAGAAGACGACGGUCGAAUCCUGCACAGGUCUAAAUAUAUACAAUUAUAGACUGAUUUGGCUUAAACUUAGCAAGCUCCUCGAGAUCGUAGGUGACGCUGUGGCUCUCACGAUGAUAGCGAUGACGACAGUGAAUCACACUUGCUUUAUCAUUUCCGCCUACAUGCUUAUAUCUUCUUUCAUGCAUAGUCUGUACGAUUCGAUCCCGUUUCUGACCAUUAUGGUGAUCACUGGUCUCAUGAUAACCCAAACCUUCGAACCUGGAGAAUUCGUUUCAAGAAAACUGGGGAAGCAAAUUGCAGACACGUUGAUGGAGACUGACAUCUCUAAAGUGGACAGUGACUGUCUUAAAGAGUUGAAUUUAUUCACACAAGCGGUCAGUGGAAGCAAUAAUGUCGUCACUUUCGGUGGAUUCGCGAACGUAAACAGGUCUGCAUUGGCAGGGAUUGUUGGAUCGACUGUGACGUAUCUUAUUGUUUUGGUGCAGUUUAAUCAGUCACCGGAAUCAUAGGAUGCCAUUUUGUUCUCGACCUCUUUAAAAAAUUAAUUAAUGGAACAAUUAGAAAGAUACACUUAUUGUAGUUAUUGCAAUUAUAAUAGUAUUCAAAUUAAAAUUUCUUUCGUUCUAACUACAAAUGUAAUAAUGUAUCAUUUCAAUCGUUACAAAUCAGAAAGAAAUUGUAGCACUAUUCCCUUAUUGUAAUGUUUCCUUAGU